ACCUGUCCGGCGGAAGUUGUGCUCACGGCCUUGUCACAAAAGAAAUGGCGAGCGGUAUCGGCAAACACAAGAUCCUGAAUGUGGGGCCAACGGAGCCCUGGUCCAUCAGGGAGAAGCUGUGCCUGGCCUCCUCUGUUAUGAGGAGUGGCGACCAAAACUGGGUGUCUGUAAGUAGAGCCAUCAAGCCUUUCUCAGAGCCCGGCCGUCCUCCUGACUGGUUCUCGCAGAAGCACUGUGCCUCACAAUACUCGGAGCUGCUCGAGGCCACAGAAGCACCCAAGCGUAAGCGUGGUGAGAAGGGUGAGGUGGUCGAAACCAUUGAAGAUGUCAUUGUGCGUAGGCUGACCACAGAGAGGAUAGAGGAGCUGAAAAAGCUGCUGCGAGACACACAAGAGCAGUACAGGAAGUUGAAGAAGGAGGUGGAUCUGAUACAGACGGGUCACAUGGACUCCCAGCUGAAGGAGCUGUGGGCAGAGAUCUCACUAAAGAAGAAGCAGGCUGAGGAGGAAGCCGAACAGAAGAAGAAAGCCACAGAAACGGCGUACCAAGCUCGUCAGGCGAUGAAAAACACGCCUAAGCGUCAGCCCAGCGUAACUGUCCGUUCUCCUCUGGGUGCCAGCCCCCCCACCGUGGACUCUCUGGCUGACUCUUUGGUCCCCACGACGCCCAUGGACACAGCCGGCGUUGCCUCCGAUGACACCACCACCACCAUCACCACCACCAUCACCACCACCAUCACCACCCACUCAGUGGCCCAGGGGGUCGGAGUGUUUCUCCCAGUGUCGGAUGCCCCAGGCCCGGGGCCCAAAGAUGGAGGCGUGGCCGCUCAAGUAGAUGACUCACCACAGAAGAGGCUCUUAACCCAGAAGACCACGCCCCCGCCCUCCCCUCUCCUGUCGGAACUGCUGAAGAAGGGCAACCUCAUCCCGGCCAGCCCCCGCCUGGUUGGGGAGGGAGACUCGAUUGGAAGCCUCACCAAUGGAGUUCAGACAGCCACCGCCGUACCACCUGGUCAUGAGGUCAUCACAGAGGGUGAAGCGGAUGCUGCAGUAAAGGUGGAGCUCGGGGAGGAGGCGGGGUUAGUGGAAGAGGACCUUGUUGCAGUGUCUUACAUGGGAGACGAGUUGGACCUGGAGACAGUGGGAGACAUCAUUGCCAUCAUAGAGGAAAAGGUCGACGACUCUGUGGAGGCCUUGGAUGCAGCAGCAGUGGAAGCAGCUCUCUCCUUGUGCGAAGAGGCCGUCUCAGAAGGACACACCCUCCCCGGCCCCUGGGAGACCCAGGAGCUGAAGGCUUCGGACCCGGCCCCCGCCGUCCAAGACUCCGAUCCCGCUCAGGAGCCUCAGGAAGUGGCUGCAAUGUCAGCUCUGAUUCCUGCAGACAUAGAGACCCAGAACCAAGUGGAAACUAAACGAGAACAACAGCUCAAGGGAAACUGUGAGGGACCUGAGGUAACAGGAAGUGAUGUCACCUCUGACGACGGUGCAACAGGAAGCGAGGUUACGGAGGAGGGGGCGGCAGGGAAGGAGGCCACUGAGGUGACGGUCAAAAGUGAAGGAGAGGAGUGGAGCCAGCCGGAGCCCAACCCACCAUGUCUGGACUCUGAGGACAGCUCAGUGUCUGGGAAAGAGUCCAAGGAGGUGAAGGAGGAGGAGGCGGGGAGCGAGGGCUACCCAGAAGAAGGGAUGGAGCUGAAGGAGGAGUGCGGGGAGGGGGAGGGGCCCUAUCUGUCAGAGGUGGAGCGGGCAGCCAGCGAGAGUGAAGACGGUUACGGCCCGCCCUCGCAGCGCUACACGGCAGACUCCUUGGCCAGCAGCCCGGCCUCGUCUUCCCAGCUAUCGACAUGCGGCGAGGACCAGGAGGCCGUGCAGGCCCAGAAGAUCUGGAAGAAAGCCAUCAUGCUGGUGUGGAGAGCCGCAGCCAACCACAGGUAUGCCAGCGUCUUCCUGCAGCCUGUGUCGGAUGACAUCGCGCCUGGUUACCAUAGCAUCGUCCACAGGCCCAUGGACCUGUCGGCCAUUAAGAAGAACAUUGAGUCUGGCGUGAUCCGCACCACGGCCGAGUUCCAGCGCGACAUCAUGCUGAUGUUCCAGAACGCCGUCAUGUACAACUCGUCGGACCACGACGUGUACCACAUGGCGCUGGAGAUGCAGCGCGACGUCCUGGAGCACGUGCAGCAGUUCCUGGCCACCCAGCUCAUCAUGCAGACCUCGGAGAGCGCCAUCUCCGCCAAGAGCCUCCGCGGCAGGGAGGGGAACCGUAAGCCAGGAGAGCCGGCUGAGAAGGACGGGGGCACUAGGGGUCGCCGUAGUGCCAUGGAGGCCGACCUCAAAAUGAAGAAAUAGACUUGAGAUUUCAGAGAGCGAGUCACAGAGUCACUCAGAGGAGGUGGAGGUGAAUACGAAAUGGUCCCUUUGGUUGUUUUCUGAGGAGGACUGUGCAGUCUGUGUGCCUGUGCAUAUACACACUUAUUCAUCUGUACUUUGGCAUAGACAAGGGCAAAUGUGGACGGUUACGUCCGUCGGCGUGUCUGCGAGGGCUGCACAGCUUCUUCUUCAUGUGAUUGGUUUAUGUGCAGCGCCAUUGGGAAUUCACUCCACUUUCCCUACGUAUCAUUUCACCAGCAAAGAGAGUCGUCCCUCUGCUGAGAUGGAACUGUGACCGCGAGAAGGACAAAACUAAAAGACCAUUUUCACCAGCAAAAGUUUGUUUGGGAUCAAAUGAUGAAGGCCGGGAUGAGCUCUACUCGCCAGAUUUGAUCACAUUGAAUCGUGUUUCCAUUAAUACGAGCUGAUCUGUUUAUUUGAGUGACCUGCAUCGAGCUGUGCCCGUGCCACGUGGGCUGAAAAGACACUGGACGGCAACAACAAGAACAACAACCACCACCACCACCACCACCACCACAUGGCAUGUACAGCUCCACUAUUUCCAGAACGGCUAGUGCUGCAUUUUGGUCUGUGAUCGCUGCUAAAACGUUCUACAAAUGUAUCACAAAUCUUUACGACUGGAUUUUCUGACCUUUUUUCAGUGACAGAGUUUCUUUCUAAAUUUAAGAAAAUCUGAUGUCCCGACGCCGGCUUUCUUUCAGUCGGCUGGCCAAUACAUUUACCAGUGUUUUUGCUUGUUUCGGCCUAUUAACUGCAAAUGACAUACGUUACACCACCUUGAAGCUUCCAUUCAGAUCCGGAGACGAUGUAACUGGCCUUCGUAAAUCAACCUUUUAUAAGGUAAAUAAAAACAUGCUUAAGAACUGUAA